GUGUGACAUCAGUUUUGUUUCGAGCAGCAGGCGAYGUACUAGGCUACUUCCGGCAACUCCGUGUGGAUUUACUUUGCGAACGUAGCAGUUGUGCGAUACCUACAAUAUAUACUGAAGGAGAUAAGUGCAUCCAUAAUACAGAGAAGCAACAGCGAUGCGGUUAUUUGUGGUUUCGGUGCUCAGCUUGUUGGCGGCUAGCAGUGGCGCUUAUGCGGCCGCAGUCGCCGGUUAUCCAUAUCGUGCGGAGCUGCUAGCUUACAGUCCAGCGCGUGGUGAAUUCGYUGCAGUGAAUGCAUUAACACCGGACUAUGCGCACUAUAUCAAUCAACAGGCUGCGGCGCAAAUAUUCGGUUACAGAUAUCCAGAGCAGAUUGAAAGCAGGCGAAUUACUUAUGAAGAAUAUUUAAAUCAACUGGCCAAAGGUACACUGAAGGAUGAGACCGAGCUUAUAAAAAAGCGUGAUGAACAUUUUCGGUUAUGGGCCGUACAUGUGUACGAUCAAUAUAGACAGGAAUUGGAACGCCUAAAAGCUGCGGGUAAAGAGCCUACAGCAGAUAUGUUAGCAAAAAUCAACGCUUUCGAGGUUGUACUAACAGCGCCUAAAAGUGACUAUAGUCAAGAAACUUCAAUAAUCAAGCAGCUGCGCGAAGAGCAUUUACGCUUCUGGAAUGAGUCAAGAAGCAAAGCGAUGUUAGCUCUGCAGCAGGAAGAGCAAGGCAAAGUGCAGCAAACUGGCGCUGCGAUGUCAACAAYUUAUUUACCGGACGCARGCGAAAAGCUGAUCCAAAAUGUGCCRACACAGGCUGUAUUCUUAAGCGAAACAGCCGAGCAGAAGAAGGCGCGUGAAGAGCACUUGCGCAUCUAUCAGGAGCAAGUGCAGCGCGUGCAAGCCUUACAGGCGUCAGCUGAAAAGCUCAGCGACAGCAAUGACGUACAAUCAUCGAAAGUGGCGCGCCUUGAGCAUACAGCCGAGGAAGGCGUACAUCAGCCGGCACAGGGUGUGACAAUAGUUGAGCAUUUGAGUUACUUGCAGGAGACGCCAGAAGUGCAGCGCGCCAAGGCGGAGCAUUUGCGCUUAUGGAAUGAGGCAAAAUUGCGCGCAGAGAAGGAAGAGAAGGAGGAGAAGGAAGAGAAGGCGGAGAAGGAAGGCAAGAAAUAUGAGGACAAGCAGCUGCAAAGUCAAAGUGGCGUAGAAAAAUUGGCACAACAGACGUCGGAAACUCAGAAUCUCAUACAAUCGGAUAAUACCUAUUUCGAGCAGCAAAAACAAUUGUCAGAUGCUUUUAAAAGCGUUCCGUUGAGCGGAGUCGUGCCGACCAACGAGCAAAAGCAAGAACAAACGCUUACACCUGUGCAGGAUACGCCGGAAGUGAAACGCGCACGCGAAGAGCAUUUACGCGAAUUCGAAGAAACAUUAAACAAAGUAUUCGUUGCACCUUUAAAUAGUGAAAACGCACCUAAACUGGCAGCACAACAGCCUGCUUUCACGCACACACUACAGCAAAGCGCGCCAGCAGCUAAUAACGAAAAGUUAGCUACUGCAAAAUCAUCCCUGCAAACAGAUACUUAUCAGAGUCAGCCGCAAGUGCACGCCGGCGUGCAAGAAACAGCAGAGGUGCAGCGCGCACGUGAAGAACAUCUCAAGCUGGUGAAGGAAGCACAUUUGAAGGCGAGUCAGAUAUCAAAGACAGAAACGGUCCAAACCGAAACUGAAGUAAAACCCUUAUUAUAUGACGGGUCAACUGAUAAACUCGCGGAGGAACAAUUCGCUGAUGAAGAAGCGCGUUUACGCGUAGAGGAAGCAAAGCAGCGUGAAGUUGAACUUUUAGCCGAAACUGAGCGCUURAGAGAAGAACAACGCUUACAAGCUGAAGAGCUGUUGCGCUUGCAACAAGAGGAGCAACGUCGUCAAGAGCAGGAACGUUUGGAUCAGUCAAAUGAAAAUAAGGAAGCUGUGCAUUACGCAGAAAAACCACAAUUACCGAUCGCGGCACCCCCAAAGGAGACACUUGAGUCAUUAAUACAGGUACAACACCAGUCGGAUCCGGCUGCUACCUAUGACAUACGCGAUACAGAAAAAUAUGCAGCCAAUCCAUAUUUAUUACGUUACGCCAUACCGAGCGGUAAUGUCAAACAGAUCGGYACGCCCAUUGCGACUACUGCCUACUAUAUCGGUGCACAGAAACCCGCGCAACCACAGCAUGGUUACGCCAAUCCCGGCGUUUACUAUUUGCGCGAUGCCAMUGAGGGUUAUCUCAAAUUGGAUAACCCYUACUUCCUGCAUUACAUAAACAAUCAACARGGUGGUAAGGAUACGUUAGCAACAGCUGAUGCGGCGUCUCUGGCCUCCGCGCUAGCCGCCUUGCAUCAGGCGCAAAAGAUCGAACAGCCAAUCGCUGCAACUUUCGGCCAGAAGCCAAGUGGUGCACUGUCCGUUCCGAUUGCUCCCAGUGUACCCCUUACACCACUAGCACCAGCAGCACCCACACUUCCAAUUGCUCCGCUCGUGCCGAACGCCGACAAUAUGAGAAUUGUCUACGGCGAUGAUGCCGCUUUGGCUGCUUUGGAGAAGGCGACACGUGAGCAUUUUCGCGCGCACGAAAUCGCCUUGGAGCAGUUACGUUUAGCCAAUCAGAAACAGUCGCCGUUGCAGAAAGAUUGCUAUUGAGCACUUUAAAAGUGUUACUUAAACUUCUUCAUACUUGAACACAGCUGAUAUUUUUUUCAUUUUCAUGAAGUUUAGUUUAGAAUUUUAUAAGAAUGAUAUAAAAUUUACAUUGAGUUCUCUUCUGGAGGUAUUGUAAGUUGUAAUUUUUACUUUGUAUCUUGUAAUUUAAGAAGCAACUAUUGAAAAACAAUAAAAAAAAGAGUUCCAUGGAAUACACUA